GUGAUUUUAGGUUAAACCAUUUGUACAGCUGUGAUGAAAAAAUUUGAUAACCUCUUAGUCUAUUCAAUUCGUGAUUACAUCGAUUCAACUCUACUCAUAAUAUCUCUUUUGUUUUUACAAGUUUUUAGUGUUCAAAGUAUCCAAAAUGAAAAAAGAUUUGAGUUCUGUGGAGCAAAAAAAGAUUUAGAUGUAAAAGACAAAAGUUUUUUUAAAUCCAAACAUGGCGCCCAAUCUUUACAAAACAGUGUUAAGCCGGGUUUAGAUUUAGCUUUUUUUGGUGACUAUGAUUUAAUUAGUCGAUUACAAACCGUUAAUCUGGACUAUGCGAAAUUUUUCAGAUACUUGAUUAAAACGAUUGAUUUAAGGUUUAACGAGCCAAAGUUGAGACAAAUUUUUGGUGGUAAAAUUGAAUUUCGUAUUGUUUUCAGUGAAAUUGCUAAUGGAUCUUUGUGGUUAGCUAGCAAUCGAGAGCUAAAACUGUCUUUGAGCACUGCUACUUCUUAUGCAUUGGCUCACCCACAAGCUUUUUCAUCUCAUUGGGACGCUGCUAUCUUCUUAACAGGGUCAAAUUUGCAUAUAUCUAAGGAAGACUCUGUACGCCGAGCUGAUGUUUUAGGAGUUGCCUUCGUCGGUAGUUUAUGUAGCAAAGCCGUUCUAUGCGAAGUCCAUGAUUUCGAUAGUAUCUGGGUUUUAUUACAUGAAUUGGGUCACGCUUUUGGAGCUCACCAUGACAGUGAAGUCGGCUGUGAGGACACAACGUCAAUAAUGUCGGAUUCAGUUGGUGUUUUCAAAACUUUCUGGUCAGAUUGUGCCAUUAAACAAUUCCAGGACAAUAUGCCAGAAACUUCCCAAUGUUUAUAUAACCAGAAAUUAGGAGUGGUACCCGAUGGAUUCCACAUGCCUGAAGAUUUACCAGGUCAAGUCUUUACUGAUUUGGAUGUUUGUAGGAUGGGAAAAAGCGUUAACAUAAUUCCAGCUAUACGAGAAUCAUGCCGAAAGUAUACUUGUCAAUUAAGAUGGUUUCAAUGGACAACUCUAGCUUUACUAGAAGGAACACCAUGUAAUAAUGGUGGAAUCUGUUGUGCAGGAACUUGUAAAUCAGUGGAAGAUUGUGCUAAAUUUUACGGAGUAUCUUCAUUGAACAUAAAACCUUAACAGACACAGACUACCUUGAGAUCCUUGUAAAUUGUCUGUUAAGCAAAGAGUUACUCUUUGCUGUUAAGGCUAAUUGAAUUGUACCAGGGAAUGAAUAUUUUUUGUCGCAGACCAAUUAAAUUUCAAGUCAUUGAUCCUUCUA